GGGAUUGUGUGCAAUUAAAUUCUGCGCAUAUAAAUAUGUGCACAUUUGCCACAAAUACUUUAUAAACACUUUAGAUCUUUAAGAUUUAACAUCAAUAACAAAUUCUCAUUUACCUUAACUCAACAAAAAUGUUCAAAAUUCUCAUUGUUUCUUUAGCCAUUUGUGGUUGUGCCUUGGCUGUUGAUUAUCAGGCUGAAACCCGUAAUUUCGUUAACGAAAUCAAAGAGGAUGGCAGCUACAAUUAUCAAUUCGAUACCACCAAUGGUAUUGCCCAGCAGGAGUCUGGUGUUGGUGGCCACUAUGCCACCGGCUCUUCUCAAUACUACUCGCCUGAGGGUGAAUUGAUUCAAUUGACUUAUACUGCCGAUGAAAAUGGUUUCCAACCACAAGGUGCUCAUUUGCCUACACCACCACCAAUUCCAGAAGCUAUUUUAAAAUCAUUGGAAUACAUUCGCACUCAUCCCUAUCAUGAGGAGCAACAAUAUCAGCAACCAGCCGCCGCCAAACAAUACGGCAAUCAGCAACAACAACAACAUCAAGGUCCCUAUCGUAAAUUCUAAUUUAGUGAAAUAACAAUUGUACGUGAUUGCGAUAUUUGCUGUGAUUUCAUUCUUGUCUGUCUAUCUAUCUAAUCCAUCUAUCUGUCAAUAGGAAAAAUCUUCUGUUUAUGUUGUUUGCUCCUUUGGAACACUCACAUUCCUACAUUUACAAAAUGUAUUUGUAUAGUAAUACCGCCAUAAAUAUUUUUUUUACUACAACAUAUACAUGAACACUUAGCCAUACAUAUAAAUACUACACAAUAUUCAUACUUGUAUAGUACAUCUUAUACAUACACACAUCCAACAUCCUUAUCCUUAAUAUCCUUGUUUUAUACAUUUUUGUGAAUAGUGAGAAUAAAAAGAACAUGAUUUUGUUAUAAA